AUGGACCUCCACUUGCAAGUACCCCCAGAGCGGUGGGGCGUGACACGCUCAGAGUUCCACGCUUUCGUGAAUGACGUACGGCAGCUGUGGACGGCUGGGCGACUUCCCGAUGACCAAGGCAACCAGCCGCGGCAUGGCAACUCCAGGUAUGGGCCGAACCUUUACCACGUCAACGAGUAUUUCGUGAAGCCCGUCACCCUGGCCGCCGGAGGCAUGAGCUACGCCCUGAUGAAGCACCCCGAUGGCCUUCUCUGCCAGGUUUUCAUUUCCCACGCCUGGGCAGAAGGCAUCUUCGAGCUAGAAGAUCUGGUCAGCCGCGGCUGGCCGCGUCUUCAGUUCCUUCAUAGCUUGUAUUGCUGUUUGCUGGCGAACCCUCAGAACCUGGACGUGUCGGCGCUGCUGAAUGUGCCACCCAUGGAAAGCCCUUUUGCCAAGGCAAUGCAGAGUGCUUCCCAUGUUCUUGUCAUCCCGAACGAGAGUGUUGGGAUCUACACGCGCUUGUGGUGCGUGUAUGAGGCGUAUCUCGGCACCCGCUGGAAGAAGACUUGCAUCAUGCCAGCGCGACCCCACACCUCAACGCAGUGCGGCGAGAUCACACGCACGAUGCUGGUACCGGUAGCCCUUGGACUGCUUCUGGGGUGGCUCUGGUGGUUUAUCCUCCAGCGCGCCGAAAUCCGAAAGGGCUUCUUCCCCUUGGUGGCGAUCACAAUGCUCACGUGUGCAAUUGGGACUGCGCUGUGGACGGCACUGUGCUUCGCAGCCUCGCUCUUUCUGAAGGCUUGUGACUGCUCGCGGCAGAAGCACUAUCGCACCACUAGGGUGGGGCACAUCCUGCUUCUCUUCCUCUGUACGUUCUCCAUGUUCCCAUGGUUGCGUUUCGAGCCCGGAUUCCGUUUUCAAUUCAGCUACUUCCAGCACUACUUCCUUCCCAUCGUCCUGUGCCUCUUCAACCUACUCCGCAUUGCGCAGUUGAACCAGCACCAGCUGGAGUUGAAGGAACUCUCCCGGCAAGCAAGCCACCUGGAAUGCAGCACAGUGGCCGAUGCCACAUGCUCAGAUCCCUCGGACGAACAGAGGAUCCGAGCAGCUAUUCUGGGAUGCGAGGACGAGAUAGAUCUCACCAUACGCGUGCUCAUGCGAGCCGGAGCUUACAACGACUGGCUUCGAUGGGCAUACGAGUCCGGCGUGGACAUCCGGGGUUUCGGCACCUCGGACCUCAUUGUGAAGACGGGCCUUGCCGCCAGCCUGUGGGCUCUGGCUGCGCUGCACUCCCUGGGCUUCCGCAGCUGUGCUGUCUUUUGUGGCUCUACAGAUCAGAGGUGGAUCGACGUGUCGGUUGGGCUUUGCGUGGUGGUCGCGCUGAUCCUACCGGUGACAGCCUUCGUGCUGGAACGGUAUGGGCCAGAACGCGCCGUCUUCGCGGUGCGCGUUUGGACGAUGUUUGCCCUGGCUGCACUUGGCGUGCCUGUCUUCGUAGGGAUCGAAGAUCACUUGUCAAUGGUGACUGCACUGCGCCAGUCGGCGCCGUUCCACUACAAAUGCCCCGCCCCUCUGCUCAGGAUCAUGGUGACGUGGUUUCGGCCGGCUGCCGCGCUGCUGGGGACAAGCCUGGCCUUGCUGGGCCCUGCGAAGGUUCUCCAGCUGCAGCUCUCCUUGGCCGUGGUGUGUGACUUCAGAUCACCCUCCGCCGAUGGAUCUGAGACUGACUCCUCCCUGGACUCCGGGGGCUCCCCGUCCGUCGGUCCGCUGAAUGACAAUGACUGA